GCUUACGGCAUAUUGACGAACACUAAAUACGGAAGGCAACAUGUCCACCGCUCCUCAGCAAAACAAUAACGAGGAGCCUGGCCUCAACGGUAAGUAUAAUUGUAAUCCUUUUCGAACAAUCUCAAAAGUUUUAAAUACAUUUGCAACGAAUGGGCUUGCUUUUCGUGGUAUGUGUUUAUAAUCAAAAGGAUAUAGCAAAAGUUGUCUCUAUUGGAAUUUCCUCUGCUUCCACAGGGCGGGUAGUAGGGCGUAAUAUUGACCGUACGUCAACUUUGCUGAUCCAAUGGAUUUACUUUAAAUAUUUGAGUGACAGGAUUUCAACCAACCGUGGAUAACUAAACGCUAGUUUGCCUUGGGGCGAGCUUAACCCAUAUCAAAACAAGUCAAAAUAAAAUGAGAACAUAAAUACAAAUUUGUCGAAUCAGAGCCAAUUUUCCGUUUUUAGUUGUGUAAUGUAUUUACUUAACUCAAUUUCCAGCUAUUCAUAAGGAUUUUUGGUUUAUAGAGUGUGUUCCACUGCAUGAAUUGUCGAUUAUCUGAAUCCACAACAAGGCGAACAGAAUGCUUUGGAACUGCUUGUCUACUGUGGAAAGAAUGCAAAGCAUCACCACUGACUACUAGACAAUGUAAAUUCUAGAUUAAAAAUUAUAAUUAAUUCUAGAGUAAAAAUUAUCUGAACAACUAACGUUAUAGGCCCAUCAAAUGCCCAUAAUACUCAGUGAUACUGAGUGUCGUCAUCAUACCAUAUCCUUAGGCUUUCUCAUAAUAUUGACUAGCCUAUCUUUAGUAUCAAUCUAAUCAGUAAUACAAAUAAAACGAUUUCAAAUGUAUACCUAACAUUGAAGUACUUGAUAACGCAAUAGGCAUAUAACCUACUUCCACCCCAAUGACAAUUACUGUAUGCUGAACAGACUCAAUAUUCAUAUGACCAUCAGAUGCAGUCUCAAAACUGCCAAAACAGUCCACUUUGGAGGAAAAAGCACAAGAUUAAGAUGGUAUAUGUUUUUGUUAUCGGUGUCCUUGUAUAGUACUUUCUGUCCCUGAGGCUCUGUCCCUUUGUAAAGUAUGGCGAUACAGUCUGUUUCUAGUAGCAUGCACUGGGAAAGUCCUAGAAGAGGUUUAGUGAGUUGGAUGUGGCUCAGGCUAAACUGGUUAACAGACAGGGGUGUGGGGAAUGGAGCUUUGAUUUGAUGCUUUAGCUUAGUUUCCAGAGAUUGCAUAACUCUCCUCCCUCCCUGUGUUGGAGCAGUCUGGAUUCCAUUCGGGCAGGCUGCUGUGAGAGGCAGUACCACUAUCAUUAUGAAAUGUAGGCUAUCGGCUGGAUGCACUGGAUAGUGUGUUUAUUUAUAGACAAAAAAAACAGAUCGUGGUAAAUUAUGAAUGAUAUAAUAGGCAUACUACUACAGAUAAUGGACCUUACUCCUGCACAUUGAUCUGGUACUGGCACUCCUUAUAUAUAGCCUCAUUCUUGUGUAUUUUAUUCCUCUUGUGUUACUAUUUUAACGUUCUACAUUUAAUAGAAUAUGCACAUUAUGUAAGGGGACCUGUAUUGGAAAUGGAACCACAUAACGUCACUGGCAUAGUGGAAUUUAGGCCACCCAAUUCCAAUUGAUGUCCUGAUAAAGAAAUGUGUGAGUAAGAUAUUACUAAAAUGUCACCCUCUGUUAAACUAAUAAUGUAUGACUAUUAGUAGACUAGAGCUUAGAGAGUUAAUCAAAUGUGCUUAUAUAAGAUACAUAUUUGCCCAGCAACAGAGUAUUUGUGUCGAAUUAGGCAAGCAGAAGUGCAAAACGUUGAAACCAAUAACAGGAGACCAGUUUCAAAAACAGAUGUCCCCACACAGGGAAGGGGAGUGAGAGGCUUGCAGAAUAUUGUGAGAACAGCGAUAACUAUGUAUGGGAAUAGAGAAAAAAUGCAGCCUGCCCGAGCAAGGAGUAGGCUAUGAUAAGAACAUGCGUGUGUGUAUGUGUGACCUGAUGGUCAGGAGAGCAGAGGAUAACCACAUGAGCUAAACCCAGGUGUGAGUUUACAAGAUGUGUACAGUGGAAAAAUACAGCCCGCCUAAAGCGGGGUGGGAUUUUUCCUCUGACGUGUGUAUAAAAAUAUUGACUUUCAAACACAGAGAUUCACGGUGAUGUCGGGACCAAGAAAAUACCCUCCCUCUGGCUAGAAACUCAUUGCAGGUUUUGAAAAUCACUGUUUUUUUACUACCUUUGAGAUGUCACAGAGAAGCAUUUUUUAGGACCUUAUCUUUUUAACCACAGAUCAUAGAAACACACUGUUUUCACAUAUGUAGACACUGGUAUUGUGCUGGAGAUAAUGAAUAUGAAAAGUGGUGGAAUUGCUCUUUAAUAGGCAUGGGAGCUUGUUUAUGACUUGAGCGAAGACUGAGAGCAUGCUUUGUUCCAAAGUUGCAGCUUAAAGCAGGCUAGACUUAGAGUCCAGUGCCAUGUUUUAAACUGAACUCUCCUGAAGUGCAGUAUGUUUGUUUUUAUUCAUGGCGUCACUUGUUUCAAUAAUAUGCACAUUAAGCCUUUUUUUACAAAUAACCUCUACCGGUGUCUUUGACAUCUAAAACCCUUGCAUCCAUGUCUAUUUUUUGUUUUACAAAAUGAUUCUGCUUUCGUGCAUAUGGAGUUAGGCCUAAUCCUCAAGAGUGUAGGGCAGCCAUCCACCAUGGCUCUCCUUGUUAACAUGCACUGCUGUAUGUUCCAUACAGUGACUUUGCUUUACACAUACUGUGAGUGGCUGAGUGCCAGACAAAGCACAGGUCUCAUGCAUCUGAGAUAAAGGGUCCUAAACAGCAGAAGGGAUGAAUUGCUCUGCCAGGGGCUCUCUGCUAUAGACCAACCUGAAAUGCAAAUGUCUGCUGAUUUCAGGAUCUAUAGCCUAGAUCUCCAUUCAGCGUCAGUAAGUAUUUUUGUGUCAUGAUGUUUUCUGUCUUUGUUGACCACGUCACUUAAUUGCAAGCACUUACAGCAGCUAUUUGGCCUUUUCCAAAGUACCACUGCCUUCUUUCUCCAGCUUGCUCAUUUGAAUCACAAUAGCCACAUAAUAAAACAACAGUGCUACAAGUUCUCUUUUCAAAAUGUCAAUGUUUUUUAGUUUUGGUGCAGGUGCAGUAAGCCAUGCAUCGAAUUUGAGAACUUGUCACUGCAUCUUUACCAUGGACUUAUGUCACUAUUAUCAACAUUUGUACUGAUACCCACACUUACUCUGAUCCCCAUUUCAUGGUUGUGUUUUCAGGGUCAUGGGUAGAGCUGGAGAUGAAUGGAAACAACAGGAACCAGGCUCUGCUGCCAAACCCCAACACGGGGAAUGGGAAUGAGGGGGAGAGUCAGGCCCCUCAGGCCCUGGAGGUGGUGCCAGAGGAGGUGGAGGAGAGUCUGACAGGGGGGUUGGGGCACGUGCCCUCAUCCUCCUCUAUCCACAAUGCAGACAUGAAGAAGAUCCUGCUGGAUGCCCAGCAUGAGUCCAGCCAGAGCAGCUCCUCCUGUGACAGGUAGGAAGGGAGUGUCAUGUUUUUGGUGUGCCCACUCCCUGAGCUAUUUUCUCCAUGUUGGGGUGUUUGUAUAAUUUGCGUGUUUAUUUUCGUCCUGUGUUGUGCCUCAGUCCUCACAGACCUUCCAGUCCAGAUCAGGAUCAGGAUGACAGGCAGGUCACCUUUGACGUGGAGAUGUCCAGUAGGAGAGGGAGCCAGGUACAACAACCCAGUCUGCUCUCAUGUGUCUGUUCCUCCAUCCAUGCCCCUGACAUCACUGUUACAGUAUAGGCCUACAGUACCUCUCUGCUCACUCACCUGUGUGCUCUCUCUUUCUCCACAUCUACAGUCAGAGGAGGAAGGCCCAGAGAAAGACAGAGAAGAUGAUAUCCUGAUGAACAAAGGUGCAGACUGGGUUGCAGAUUGGUCCAGUCGUCCCGAAAACAUUCCCCCCAAGUAAGGAGACACUGCACACAAUCUAAUAUAAAUAAACUUGUAGUCUAAAUCAUAGCAAAAAUAGACAAAACGUAUUCAAUUCCAUAUCAAUCCAUGUAGAAAGUUAAUGCAUAUAAUACAAAUUAUAAUUUUCUGUAGGAAGCCAAUAUAAUUUGUUUCAAAAUGGCCAACAUGUUCAGUGAUGAUUUUUAUUACUUUUUUUGUAGGGAGUUCCACUUCCAGCACCCCAGACACUCAGUAUCCCUCAGCAUGAGAAAGAGUGGAGCCAUGAAGAAAGGGGGUGUCUUCUCUGCUGACUUCCUCAAAGUCUUCAUCCCCUCCUUACUCCUAUCUCACAUCCUUGCCCUUGGUAUCGGGUGAGUGACUGUACCAUCUUACACAACUAGAAAAUCAAUUGGAUGUGUGAGUAUUUGUACACUGAACAAAAAUAUAAACGCUACAUGUAAAGUGUUGGUCCCAUGUUUCAUGAGCUGAAAUAAAAUAUCCCAGAAAUGUUCCAUACGCACAAAAAGAUUAUGUCUCAAAAUCUUGUUCACAAAUUUGUUUACAUCUCUGUUAGUGAGCAUUUCUCCUUUGCCAAGAUAAUCCAUCCACCUGACAGGUGUGGCAUUUCAAGAAGCUGAUUAAAUAGCAUGAUCAUUACACAGGUGCACCUUGUGCUGGGGACAAUAAAAGGCCACUCUAAAAUGUGCAGUUUUGUCACACAACAUUUUGUAUACAUCUGGCCCUUCAUUGGACACUGUGUUAACAAAUCUCCAAACGAGCUUCAAUGCCAUACAACACUCCUUCAGUAGCCUCCAACUGCUCUUAAACACUAGUAAAACUAAAUGCAUGCUCUUCAAUCGAACGCUGCUGGCACCCACCCACCCGACUAGAAUCACUACUCUCGACGGGUCUGACCUAGAGUAUGUGGACAACUACAAAUACCUAGGUGUCUGGUUAGACUGUAAACUCUCCUUCCAGACUCACAUUAAGAAUCUCCAAUCCAAAGUUAAAUCUAGAAUCGGCUUCCUAUUUCGCCUCGUUAAACUGACUAUCCUACCGAUCCUUGACUUCGGCGAUGUAAUUUACAAAAUAGCCUCCAACACUCUACUCAGCAAAUUGGAUGUAGUCUAUCACAGUGCCAUCUGUUUUGUCUCCAAAGCCCCAUACACUACCCACCACUGUGACCUGUACGCUCUUGUUGGCUGGUCCUCACUACAUGUUCGUCGUCAAACCCACUGGCUCCAGGCCAUCUAUAAAUCACUGCUAGGCAAAUCCCCGCCUUAUCUUAGCUCAUUGGUCACCAUAGCAGCACCCACCCAUAGUCUGCGCUCCAGCAGGUAUAUCUCACUGGUCAUCCCCAAAGCCAACACCUCCUUUGGCCGCCAUUCCUUCCAGUUCUCUGCUGCCAAUGACUGGAACGAAUUGCAAAAAAUCUCUGAAGCUGGAGACUCUUAUCUCCCUCACUAACUUUAAGCAUCAGUUGUCAGAGCACCUUACCGAUCACUGCACCUGUACACAGCCCAUCUGAAAUUUGCCCACCCAACUACCUCAUCCCUAUAUUGUUAUUUAUUUUGCUCUUUUGCACCCCAGUAUCUCUAUUUGCACAUAAUCUCUUGCACAUCUAGCAUUCCAGUGUUAAUACUAAUUGUAAUUAUUUUGCACUAUAGCCUAUUUAUUGCCUUACCUCCAUAACUUGCUACAUUUGCACACACUGUAUAUAUAUUUUCUGUUGUAUAUAUAUUUUUUGACUUUAUGUUUUUUUACCCCAUAUGUAACUCUGUGUUGUUGUUUUUAUCGCACUGCUUUGCUUUAUCUUGGCCAGGUCGCAGUUGUAAAUGAGAACUUGUUCUCAACUGGCUUACCUGGUUAAAUAAAGGUAAAAUAAAAAAAAAUAAAAAAACAUAAUGCCACAUAUGUCUAAAGUUUUGAGGGAGUGUGCGAUUGGCAGGCUGACUGCAGGAAUGUCCACCAGAGUGGUUGCCAGAUAAUUGAAUGUUAAUUUCUCUACCAUAAGCCCCCUCCAACAUUGUUUUAGCGAAUUUGGCAGUACGUCCAACCGGCCUCACAACAGCAGACCACGUGUAACCACGCCACAUCCGGCUUCUUUACCUGCGGGAUCGUCUGAGACCAGCCACCUGGGCAGCUGAUAAAACUGUGGGUUUGCACAACUGAAGAAUUGCUGCACAAACUGUCAGAAAUUGUCUCAGGGAAGCUCAUCUGUGUGCUUGACCUGAAUGCAGUUCGGCGUUAUAACCGACUUCAGUGGGCAAAUGCUCACCUUCGAUGCCCACUGGCACGCUGGAGAAGUGUGUUCUUCAAGGAUUAAUCCCGGUUUCAACUGUACCAGGCAGAUGGCAGAUAUCGUGCAUGGCGUCAUGCGGGCAAGCGGUUUGUUGAUGUCAACGUUGUGAACAGAGUGCCCCAUGGGGGCGGUGGGGUUAUGGUAUGGGCAGGCAUAAAAUUGCAUUUUAUCGAUGGCAAUUUGAAUGCACAGAGAUACCAUGACGGGAUCCUGAGGCCCAUUGUCGUGCCAUUCAUCCGCCACCAUCACCUCAUGUUUCAGCAUGAUAAUUCCUGGAAGCUGAAAUGUCCCAGUUCUUCUAUGGCCUGUAUACUCACCAAAUAUGUCACCCAUUGAGCAUGUUUGGGAUGCUCUGGAUUGACGUGUAUGAUAGCGUGUUCCCACCAAUAUCCAGCAAUUUCACACAGCCAUUGAAGAGGAGGGGACAACUUUCCACAGGCCACAAUCAACAGCCUGAUCAACUCUAUGCCAAGGAGAUGUGUUGCGCUGCAUGAGGCAAAUGGUGGUCACCCCAGAUACUGACUGGUUUUUUGAUCCACGCCCCUACCUCUUUUUUUUAAAGGUAUCUGUGACCAACAGAUGCAUAUCUGUAUACCCAUUCAUGUGGAAUCCAUUGAUUAGGGCCUGAUUAAUUUAUUUCAAUUGACUGAUUUCCUUAUAUGAACUGUAACUCAGUAAAAUCUUUGAAAUUGUUGCAUGUUGUGUUUAUAUUUUUGUUCAGUGUAGAUUAUGUCUGCUGUUGAAUCAUUGUCAUGCUGUACUUAUUCUCUCCUUAGGGUCUACAUUGGAAAGAGACUCACCACGCCUUCCACCAGCUCUUUCUAAAACCAAACUAAAGCAGUGCCUGGAAGUCGCAUCAAAAUUGUCUUGUCGAAAAAAUAGUUGUGCUAUAAGGUCCUCUUUUCCUCUGCAUCCAUUGUACACCUAGCUAGCUUCCACCUCCCUUUUCCGUUCUAUUCAUCCAUUCUAUAUUCUGUUUUCAACUCAGAUUUUUUUCAUACGUUUUUACCACUUUAUUUAACACUGACUCACCCCAGUCUUUUUAUGUUGGGUGCUUUUGGAAGGUUCACGAUUCGUGAAUGUUUGGGAACCUUUACCUUUUGAUACAGAUUGGGCACAGUGCGAACUGUACCAUCGGACAGUAAUGACCACUAGCAACCCAUAAUAGUUCACAGCCCCUGCCUGAACCUGAGUGUGGUACUUUUGUAACAAAUUAUUCUCAAUUCAGCUAUUGAAAUCCUGUACUGCACAAACACUGAGGUGGCUGGUAUUGGAUGGCAGGGGGCCUGAAUGUUUGGGAAUCUCUGAGAUUUCCAUAUAGAUGCCUUAGCUUAGACAGAGAUUGUGCUGUGAGAAGUCUAGGAGUGUUUAUCUUCCUGCUCCUUACUCCAAAUCAGUUAAUUGCAUAGUGACUUGCACCUGAACCAAAAAUAAGCUCCAUAUCUGAAGUACACCUUUCAAGAGUUGCAGUGACUGAAUCAAGUGGUAUUGUUGUUCAGUUUUUUUUAUUGCAAUGAGUUUGGAAUACUUUUUAGCCCAGACUUUAAUUCAGGAGAAGUUUUGUUGUAUUCCACCCUAUUCUAGUUAUACCUAAUUGUUGUCAUAUUUUAGUAGCCCCAAACAAUAUUCUCUAAAGGGGGUGGUCUCUUGGUGAAAGGGUGUGAAUAUUAAUACUAGUGGCUACUGCAGGUUUCCAUUGAUUAUCAGGAAAACAUCCUAGCAAAUAGUUAUACAGAUGGGGGUGUUGAUGCAGAAAGAGUAGCACAUCUAAAUGCUCUACAGUACAUGGUGGAGUACUGUAGUAGUAAGGAGAAGGGGAAAGUUUGAAUGAAGAUGUCAUUUUUAUGUACAGUAGAUAUAGUAUAGUAGAUACAAAUAUACACAACCUGCCUGCUGUUCAGCAACUCAAAUUUAUUUUGUCAUAUCUUAUUUAUUUUUUCAAGCUGAUUCUAGAAACCUUUGAAUUGAAGUUUUCCUGUGUGGUUACACACCCUCAGAGUGAGAUCCAGUGUAUAGGUCCAGGCACCAUACUGAGUUGGAUGUAUUAGCAGACUUAUGAUAUAACUGGCCACAAAUGACUACUGCAUAGU